UCCGCAUCAUCGUGGAACCGCCACCGCCCGCCACCACUGGGAAAAGGAAAGCAGAAGAUUCGGACAAAGAUCAAAAUAGUAAAAGGGUGAAACUAGCAGAUCCGAAAAUAAUUUCUACCGCUCAUAGAAUCAUGGAGGACAUAAUGAAACUCGACGAGAAUGAAACUAUUUACUCAGAUCCUAAAAAUUUCCUUUCGUUACCAUAUCCAUACCUUGGCGAAAAAUUACCAAUAGAUAGAUUUGAUAUUGACCAUGAUGGCUCUUUCAUCUUCAUGGGAAGAACGAAAUUUGAGCAGGUUCUAGAAGACAUUAACAAACUUCGGCCUCGUAGUUAUAUGAAAUUAUUUAUUUAUGGUACUGUCGGAUAUGGCAAGUCGCAUAUCCUUACAGCCAUUGCAUGUUUUCUUUUCCGAACAAGAAGGCGUGUUGUAUUUCUUCCUGAUUGUCGCCAAUUGGCUGUUGAUCCAGUUGAAUACAUUAAACUUGCCUUAUUUCUUACUUACGAAAAUGAUGAUGUGAAAAUAAGUGAAAUAAAUGCCUGUGAAGAUUUUUGUCAUAUCAUAAAAUUUUGCAAAUCAUUGGAGGAAAAGUUAUAUUUCAUCGUAGACCAAAUGAAUGCUCUGGACGAAGGAGAUAACACUGGGAUUAGCUUAGAAAAGAAACGGCAAAUUCGAGAAAAUCUUGAUAAAAUGGUCGAUAACCACUUUUAUAUUAUGAGUUCUUCGGCUAACAACAAGACAAUGUUGCAUCUUAUGGCAAAGCAGACCGGAGAAUUGAAGAUCAAGCUUUUUGGAGGGUUUGAUGAGGGGGAGAUGAAAGAAUGGUGGAAUAAGCACAAUUCCGAUUUACCAGCAAUGGAUGAACAACAGAUAAGACAAAUCGAAGAUAUCUCUGGAAAAAUUCCGCUCUUCCUAAAGUUUUUGUUAGAAUCAGAUCACAAGAACUUUAAAGAUGCAUGGGAGUAUUUAGACCAACAAUUAACAUCAAAGAUAAAAGAGCCAAUGAUGAACUUUUCAGACAUUAUAUCAAGUAGCAAUAGAUGGGAACUGUAUGUAUUCUUAGUUUGUUUUGUGAUUGGCGCACUGUAUGAAAACUGACUUCUCUAUUUACAUAGUCAUGUCAAGUUGAUGAAAUCGUUUCUGACAAAUAAAGAUCCUACAGAUGGCUAUGGGCAUAAUGAUUACGAUCAUCGCUUCUUCUACGUUGACAAUGGAAAAUGCUAUUACGUUUGUGGGUUAGCACGGGAUUGCAUGGCAAAUUACCUUUAUGGAAAGGACAGAAUGGAAGUAUUCAUAGACAUAAAUUGGAUUAAGUCAUUCAAGAACAAUCCAUCGGUAAAGGGAUUGCAUUGCUAGCAUUUGUAAGAACGGAAUUAUGGCAAAUUCAAUAAGAUUUAAGGUCGAUAGUCAUCAGUUUUUUUCUGGUGUAGAAGAUAUUAAUUUUUCUUUGAGUGAGGGGGCAUGUACAUUUUAUUUGCCACGUAAAUGGAACCAAAAGUCAAUAGACGGAUUACUGGCCUUAUACAAGACAGGUAUGUUGUAUAUUGCACCAAUUCAGAU